AUGGCACUGCCUGCGUGUGCAGACCCGGCGCUCGGGCCGCCGCUGCAACCGGAGCGAGGAGCGCCCGCCCGCACCACCUGUCCCCGCCGGCAUUCCAGAGUGGAGGCCGAGUUGGCAGCGAGCCGGCCCGGCUCGGUCGCCGCCUCAGUCAGCGCGGGCCCUCCUAGGGGUGUGUCUCGCGGUUUCAACUCCCGGACGCUCCUGGACGAGCCCCGAAAAGCGUCUUCCUCCCAGGCGGGAGCCGCGCGCGCCCCGCUCUUCGCGCUGCUGCCCCGUGGCCGCCGCAGGCGGAUGCACGACCUCAGGAGACGCUGGGACCUGGGCUACCUUUGCCGGGCCCUGCUUACUCGGGGCCUGGCUGCCCUGGGCCACUCGUUGAAGCACGUGCUCGGUGUGAUCUUCUCCAAGAUCUUCGGUCCCCUGGCCAGCGUCGGGAACAUGGAUGAGAAAUCCAACAAGCUGCUGCUGGCUUUGGUGAUGCUCUUCCUCUUUGCCGUGAUCGUCCUCCAGUACGUGUGCCCCGGCACAGAAUGCCAGCUCCUCCGCCUGCAGGCGUUCAGCUCCCCGGUGCCGGACCCGUACCGCUCGGAGGAUGAGAACUCCGCCAGGUUCGUGCCCCGCUACAAUUUCAGUCGCGGCGACCUCCUGCGCAAGGUAGACUUCGACAUCAAGGGCGAUGACCUGAUUGUGUUCCUGCACAUCCAGAAGACCGGGGGCACCACUUUCGGCCGCCACCUGGUACGCAACAUCCAGCUGGAGCAGCCGUGCGAGUGCCGCGUGGGCCAGAAGAAAUGCACUUGCCACCGGCCGGGGAAGCGAGAGACCUGGCUCUUCUCCAGGUUCUCUACGGGUUGGAGCUGCGGGCUGCACGCCGACUGGACCGAGCUUACCAGCUGCGUACCCGCUGUGGUGGACGGCAAGCGCGACGCCAAGCUGAGACCGGCCAGGUGGAGGAUUUUUCAGAUUCUGGAUGUGGCACGUAAGGAUAGACGGGGUGCCGCAAACACUAAUCCAGCCGUCAACUCUCCAUCAUCCACAAAGGCCCGGAACACAUCUAAGAGUGGGAAAAACUUUCACUAUAUCACCAUUCUCCGAGACCCAGUGUCCCGCUACCUGAGUGAGUGGAGGCAUGUCCAGAGAGGAGCAACAUGGAAAGCAUCCCUGCAUGUCUGUGAUGGAAGGCCUCCGACCUCUGAGGAACUGCCCAGCUGCUACACUGGUGAUGACUGGUCUGGCUGCCCCCUCAAAGAGUUCAUGGACUGUCCCUAUAAUCUAGCCAACAACCGCCAGGUGCGCAUGCUUUCUGACCUGACCCUAGUAGGCUGCUACAAUCUCUCUGUCAUGCCAGAAAAGCAAAGAAAUAAGGUUCUCCUGGAAAGUGCCAAAUCAAAUCUGAAGCACAUGGCGUUCUUCGGCCUCACCGAGUUUCAGCGCAAGACCCAGUAUCUGUUUGAGAAAACCUUCAACAUGAACUUUAUUUCGCCAUUUACCCAAUAUAAUACCACUAGGGCCUCGAGUGUAGAGAUCAAUGAGGUAAUCCAAAAGCGUAUAGAGGGACUGAAUUUUCUGGAUAUGGAAUUGUACAGCUAUGCAAAAGAUCUCUUUUUGCAAAGGUAUCAGUUUAUGAGGCAGAAGGAGCAUCAGGAGGCAAGGCGGAAGCGUCAGGAACAACGCAAAUUUCUGAAGGGGAGGUUCCUGCAGACACAUUUUCAGAGUCAGGGUCAAAGCCAGAAUCAGAGUCAGAAUCCAAAUCUGAAUCUGAAUCUCAGUCAAAAUCUGACUCAGAAUCGGAUUCAGAAUCUGACUCAGAGCUCGAGUCAGAAGGAGAACCUGAAACAGAGCCCUGGCCAAGAACAGAGCGAUAGCAGUAGCAGCAGCAGCAGCAAUGGUACCGCUGACUAUAUGGGCAGUGUAGAGAAAUGGCGUUAAGUGACUCAGAAAGAAAGGCUUCAUGCAUACUUUCCCCAAAGCGCCAGUAAGAAUAUGGCAAAUCUUAAAAGAUGAGAGUGUCCAAAACACAUCCUGCUUCCUUACUAUGGGACGUUAAACAAACAAAAGUUAAGAUAUUGCCUUUACAGUUGCCUUUCAAUCAAAUGUUAUACUGUGCGUGGGUAAACACAUCUCAGUAUGUAAUAAAAUUGUCUCUUUUACGGGGAGGGGGACUUAGGGGGCUAUUCGUGAAAUCCAAAAAGCCAAAUCAGACU